AUGAAGCUCCAAUCCCUCUGCGCCAUCACCCUCGCCACCCUCACCCCCCUCGUCACCGCCAACUUCGACAUCUACAUGGCCGAAGAAAAGACCACCGUCGGGGGGCCCCAGGUCUGGCCCAUGUGGCACAUCUUCGACACCGAUCCCACCUGCGACGACCUUGCCGAAAACCCCAACUACCUCGGCAGCGACGACGUCUCUGGCAACAAAGUCGGCGUCCGCUGCGAUUCUUCCUCCGAUCCCUUCAACUGCGCUGUCCAGCACUACCCCGCUGACGGCAUUGACGUUCUCGAGAUGAACUUCCACAGUGACCCCCCUGUGUACCACUGGAAGGCUUACAUGACGAUGGUAGCUAUUUACAAGGAUCGCAACUAUGACAUGUACGGUCUUGAUGGGAAUGUCUAUGGGAACUGCUUCCCCUUUCCUGGGUUUGAGUACGAGUGCGGCGAUCCUAUCCUUGGCGGGUUUACUGGUACGCGCAAGUUUAGGUGCUUGACCGAAUUUACGGCUGCGCAGAUCAAGGCUGCUUGGGGUACCAAGAGGAGUGUUCCGUUUACUUUGAAGGAGGCGGAGGGGGUGAAGGGUCGGAAGGUGCAGAAGUGGGAGGCUUGA